GGUUUCCUCGUAGGUUGAUCAUUAAUAGUAUUUACUGAACGUUCACGCAUUUUUAACAAUGUUCAUGAGAAAUUUAUCUACAAGCUGGUUCCUCUACGCACGACACACCCCUGACCUGCCCUCCUAUCUCACACACACUGAAAGAUCCGUGAUAUAAAAGGUGGUGAUGGUGCAGUCAAGUGGACCGACUCCAGCAGAUCUCCUGUCAUCCGUGAUCCUUCCCCCCACCCCCCAGCAAAAAUGUCCCGGGAUUAUUUUGGAUUCUCCUACCUCAGAAGGCAACCAAGAAAUGAAACGAGCAAUGUGGCGCUCAACAAUCCAGCAGAUAUCUCUGUUAUUGUGAUCUACUUUUUGGUGGUCUUGGCUGUGGGAGUAUGGGCUAUGGUUCGCACCAACCGGUCCACUGUGGGGGGCUUCUUCCUUGCAGGGAGGAGUAUGGUGUGGUGGCCGAUCGGAGCAUCACUCUUUGCCAGUAACAUUGGAAGUGGUCACUUUGUGGGGAUUGCCGGCACUGCAGCAGCAGCAGGAAUAGCAAUUGGAGGAUUUGAAUGGAAUGCUCUUAUUGUUGUUGUCAUCCUGGGAUGGCUCUUUGUGCCGAUCUACAUCAAAGCUGGGGUGGUGACCAUGCCUGAGUACUUGAAGAAAAGGUUUGGAGGACAGCGCAUUCGCAUCUACCUCUCUGUGCUCUCCCUCUGCCUCUAUGUCUUCACCAAGAUCUCUGCAGACAUGUUCUCCGGUGCCAUUUUUAUCAACCAGGCUCUUGGACUUAAUAUCUACCUUGCAGUUAUUGCGCUGCUGGCGAUUACAGCGUUGUACACCGUCACAGGUGGAUUGGCAGCAGUGAUUUACACAGACACCCUGCAGACCAUCAUCAUGCUUGUUGGUUCCUUUAUUCUCAUGGGGUUUGCUUUCAGUGAAGUUGGCGGCUAUGAAAACUUCCAGAACCGCUACAUGAAUGCAAUCCCAACGAUCACGGGUAACUUUAGCGAGAAGUGCUACCUGCCUCGAUCAGACGCCUUCCAUAUAUUCAGGGAUCCGAUCACAGGAGACCUGCCGUGGCCUGGUCUGGUGUUUGGACUCACCAUUCAGGCCACCUGGUACUGGUGCACAGAUCAGGUGAUUGUCCAGCGUUGCCUUUCUGCCAAGAAUCUCUCUCACGUUAAAGCAGGAUGUAUUCUGUGUGGCUACCUGAAGCUGUUGCCCAUGUUUCUAAUGGUUUUUCCUGGGAUGAUCAGCAGGAUCCUCUAUGCUGAUGUGGUGGCCUGUGUGGAUCCAAAAGAAUGUGAAAAAUACUGUGAUGCGAGUGUAGGAUGCACCAACAUUGCUUAUCCGAAGCUGGUGGUGGAUUUGAUGCCCAAUGGUUUGAGAGGUCUGAUGCUGUCUGUGAUGUUGGCUUCUCUAAUGAGCUCCCUUACCUCCAUUUUUAACAGUGCUAGUACUCUCUUCACCAUGGACAUCUACACUAAGGUCCGUCGCCAGGCCAAAGAGAGGGAGCUCAUGAUUGCUGGCAGAGUGUUUAUCUUGGUCCUGAUUGGUGUGAGCAUAGCGUGGAUCCCUAUAGUGCAGUCAGCCCAGAGUGGUCAGCUCUUUGACUACAUCCAGUCAAUCACCAGCUAUCUCACUCCACCUGUUGCAGCUGUCUUCAUGCUUGCCAUCUUUUGCAAACGCGUCAAUGAACCUGGUGCUUUUUAUGGGCUCACAAUUGGCCUGUUAAUAGGACUGUCUCGGAUGAUUACGGAGUUUGUUUACGGGACGGGCAGCUGUAACAACCCCAGUGACUGUCCCACCAUCAUCUGUGGAGUCCACUACCUUUACUUUGGGAUGAUUCUGUUCGCCGUCUCCUGCGUCAUCAUACUCGGAGUUUCUCUAAUGACCAAACCCAUCGAUGACAAGCAUCUGUAUCGACUGUGCUGGAGUCUGAGGAACCGUACGGAGGAGAGAAUAGACAUCGAACAAGAUGACUGGGUUGAUGAGGGCGAUGAUGACAUGCAAAUAGAAGAAAAUGAGGAGAAACCAGGUUUCUGCAAGAAAGCAGUCAUGUGCUUCUGCGGACUGGAGGAGUCGAAAAAAGCACCAAAACUGAGUCCAGAAGAGGAGGCGGAGCUAAAGAGGCAGCUUACUGAUACGUCAGAAAAGCCUCUGUGGAGGAACGUCGUCAACGUCAACGCCAUCAUUCUGCUGUGUGUGGCUGUAUUCUUCCAUGGAUACUUUGGUUAGAGGAACUGGACACACUUCAGUCCAUGCUGGACACUCCUUUACUGUGUAUUUAAGUCAGGAUUUUAUAUAUAUAUAAAAAAAAAACAACCCUAAAGCACUUUCACACUAGUGUAGCAUUCCUUCUGUGUUGUACAAUGACUAAUGAUCUCAUCCAGGGCAUCAAAUGUGGGUUUUUUCCCCAAAAGUAUUUUCUUUUUUUAUUUAACUUUUCCUGGUAUGUUCCUCCCCCUGAAGUAAAACACUAAGCCACACUGUAGUUUAUUAACACACGAUAACUUGUUUAAACGAUGUGUAAAAACUCACACUUUUUUCUUGACAUUUGCAUAUUAUUUUUGCGAUACAUUUCCAGGUAACUGGGAAUUUUCACCUUUUUUGGGGCAUGUGUAUUUGCCUUUUUUAGUGAAUAGAUACAUAAUUAGCAGUGUAUUAUGAAUAGAGCACAGUCAUACUGGAAAUUUAAGAUGAAGACGCACAUUUGUUUGUAAAACUCCAGAAAUAAAAAUGCUUCUUUUAUUCUAUCACAUUAGAAGUCACAAAAAUGAUUUAACAUUAUUGGGAAAAAAGCUCCAAAAUAUCGAUGUAAUGUAAUAUCUAACUGAUGAAGGUUGUAAAUUUCAUAAUGUGUGUGGUACCUCAUUUAACUACAGUCAUUUUCUCGUUAUGUAUGUUCAAAGUCCAUCAGUGCUGUCACUUCUUACAUUUGUGCACCUUGCUGUGUGUGUUUGUGUGUGUGUGUGUGUUGAUUUAGGUGUUAAUGAAUAAAAACAUCUCAGGGAAGAGGGAUGGGGAAAUACAGUGUUCAGACUCUCUCUUUGUUUGCAUCUAGUUUUUAGAAAUAAUUUGUGAGCUAACGUGUAAAACAAAAAAAUGUCAGCUUCUUCACUGCGCUUUAAAUUUCUGCUCAAAUUGUACAUUUCUCUAAAUAAAUGAAUGCUGAAUUGCA